CUUCGGUUAUAAAACGCAAUCUCGAUGUCCAGAUGGCGUUCCAUCCUCGCCAUCGCCGCUCGCCUGCGCUUAGUAAUGAUCUCCGCCUCUGCCGUCUCCACUGCCACCACUUCCUCUCUGCUCCGACUUCCUUCCCUCCCGCUAAGAUUCUGCAUCUGCCUUCCUCGCUCCGGCUGCGGGCGACGCCCCAUCGCCGCCUUUGUGGCCCUCGCAAUGGCCGGGUCCUCGAGCUCCGCCGAGUCCCAUCGGCAUACUAACCGCCUUGCGUCCGAGCACAGCCCAUACCUUCUCCAGCACGCCCACAAUCCGGUUGACUGGUAUCCUUGGGGUGAAGAAGCUUUUGAGAAAGCUCGCAAAAGAAACAUCCCCAUUUUUUUAUCGAUUGGAUAUAGUACGUGCCACUGGUGCCAUGUCAUGGAAGUUGAGUCAUUCGAGAAUGAAGAGAUUGCAAAAAUGCUAAAUGAUUGGUUUGUUAGCAUCAAGGUUGACCGUGAGGAGAGACCUGAUGUUGAUAAGGUGUAUAUGACAUAUGUUUCUGCACUAUAUGGUGGUGGUGGUUGGCCGUUGAGUGCCUUCCUCUCUCCUAAUCUGAAACCCUUGAUGGGUGGAACAUAUUUUCCGCCUGAUGACAAGUAUGGAAGACCUGGUUUCAAGACAAUCCUUAGAAAGGUGAAAGAAGCUUGGGAGACUAAACGUGAGAUGCUGGAAAAAAGUGGGACUAUUGCAAUUGAACAACUUUCAGAAGCACUUUCUUCGACAGCUAACUCCAGUAAAAUAUCAGAUGAGUUAGCUCGUGUUUCCUUAAAAAGAUGUUCUAGACAGCUUGCAAGUAGCUAUGAUCCAAAGUUUGGUGGUUUUGGUACUGCUCCAAAAUUUCCUAGGCCAGUGGAAGUUUAUAUUCUGCUUUAUGAGUCAAGGAAGCUUAUGGAAGAAGGUCGGCAAAGUGAUGCUAAUAAAAAUGUGGAGAUGGUUUGCCAUACUUUGCAAUGCAUGGCUAGAGGUGGAAUCCAUGAUCAUAUUGGAGGUGGAUUUCACAGGUAUAGUGUGGACGAACAUUGGCAUGUUCCUCAUUUUGAGAAGAUGUUGUACGAUCAUGGUCAGCUUGCUAAUGCCUAUUUAGAUACAUUUUCGAUCACAAAGGACACCUACUACUCAUCUGUUGCUCAUGAUAUUUUGGAUUAUUUGAGGAGAGAUAUGAUUGGAGAUGCUGGUGAAAUUUAUUCUGCGGAGGAUGCUGACAGUGCUGAAUAUCAUGGUGCUACAACAAAGAAGGAAGGAUCUUUUUAUAUCUGGACAAGUCAGGAGAUUGAAGAGAUUCUCGGAGAACAUGCAAAUUUGUUUAAAGAUCAUUACUACAUUAAACCAUCAGGAAAUUGUGAUCUUUCUCCAAUGAGUGAUCCUCAUGAUGAAUUUAAGGGAAAAAAUGUUCUAACUGAGAGAAAAGAUGCUCCUUCCAGGGCAUCCAAAUGGGACAAGUCUAUAGACGAAUACAAUAAGAUUUUGGAAGAAUGCCGUAAAAAAUUAUAUGAUGCCAGGUCAAAACGGCCAAGACCACAUUUGGAUGACAAGGUAAUUGUAUCAUGGAAUGGGCUGGCAAUUUCUUCUUUUGCAAGAGCUUCUAAAGUUCUCAAAGCAGAACCCAAGGAAACUCAAUUUUAUUUCCCGGUGAUGGGAUGUGAUCCAAAUGAAUACCUAGAAGUUGCAGAAAAAGCAGUAUCCUUUAUCAAGAGCAAACUGUAUGAUUCAACUAUUCACAGACUGCAACAUAGCUUUCGCAAUGGUCCAUCUAAAGCACCUGGCUUUCUUGAUGAUUAUGCCUUUCUCAUUUCUGGUUUGCUAGAUCUUUAUGAGUUUGGUGGUAGGACUGACUGGUUAUCCUGGGCAAUUGAGUUACAAGCUACACAGGAUGAAUUGUUCCUGGACAAACAAGGAGGAGGUUAUUAUAAUACUCCAGGUGAAGAUCCUUCCAUCCUCCUCCGAGUAAAGGAAGAUCAUGAUGGAGCAGAGCCAUCUGGAAACUCAGUUUCAGCAAUCAAUCUGAUAAGGUUGUCAUCUAUGGUUGCUGGUGCAAGGUCUGACAAUUAUAAGAGGACAUCGGAACAUCUUCUGGCUGUUUUUGAAAAGAGGUUAAAAGAUCAAAGCAUUGCCAUCCCACUUAUGUGUUGUGCGGCACACAUGCUCAGUGUUCCUUCAAGGAAACAGGUUGUCUUGGUUGGCGAUAAAUCAUCUUCCGAAUUUGCCAACAUGGUGAUUGCUGUUUUCGCAUCAUACGAUCCCAACAGAACGGUGAUCCAAAUAGACCCCAACAACAGCGAGGAGAUGGAAUUCUGGGAGCACUACAACCCCAACAUUGCUGAAAUGGCAAAAGGAACUCCAAAAGACGAGCCAGUGGUAGCUCAUGUGUGCCAGAACUUUGCGUGCAGUCCACCAGUCACUAGUGCGGAUGGACUCCGAAUCUUGCUCGCCAAAACUGCCCCGGUUGCUUCGACCGCUUGAUGCCUAUCAUGCCUUGUAUGUAUGUGAACUUGUCGCGUACCCGUACCGCUGUUGCUUCGACCGCUUGAUGCCUAUCAUGCCUCGUAUGUAUGUGAACUUGUUGCGUACAUGUACCGCUGUUGCUUCGACCGCUUGAUGCCUACCAUGCCUCGUAUGUAUGUGAACUUGUUGCGUACACGUACCGCUGUUGCGGCGACCAUGUAAUGCCCAUCAGCCUUGUAUGUAAACUUCACACUGUGUAGAAUAGUUUGGCUUGUCGAUAUAAUUUGAUAAAGUUCCACGUGAA